AUGGAUACUAGCCCGAAGGUCCGUCAUUUCCUUUGGCGUUUGUGCUCGAAAUCUCUCCCUGUGCGUAGGUUACUUAAACGACGUCACAUGAUUGAAGACGACUUAUGUCCUUGGGGUUGUGGCGAAUCUGAAACAAGUUAUCAUGCUAUUUUUGGCUGCCCUAGGAUGUCCAGUCUAUGGUCUGCUGCUGGUUGCGAGGAGAUGUGUGUUGGCCCUGCUGUAGAAUCUUUUUGUGAGCUUAUUGUAAAGUGGCGUGAUAUUGAACCACAUGUGAAGGUCAAAGGUGCUUUUUUUGGCAUGGGUGAUUGGGGGGAACACAAUUCUCUGGUGUUUAAUAACAAAUCUACACCCCACAAUUGUCUGCUGGCCCAAGUAGCAAGGCUUGCUGAAGAGCAUGGUGAGUACUUAGCGAAAAUUUACAAACCUUGUGUGGCGACAGUUUCAUCUAGUCCUCGACACUGGACAACCCCCCAUGCGGGUCUUGUGAAACUGAAUGUGGAUGCAUCGUUACCAGUGGAUGGUUGGGUUGGCCUGGGUGUUGUUGCGAGGCACUCGAAUGGUGAUGUUUUAUUAAUUUGCUGUUGUCCGACGUGUUUGUGCUUGCUGGACACCAAAAAUUGCAGAGGCUAA